GUAUCCAACUGGCACAUUCUCAUCUGGGUACUUCACGAUCACCCUCUUGAAACACUUCACCAACGAUCUGCUGCAAUCGCUUUUUGAGUUGACUGAUUCGACCGAGUUUAUCCACAUGUUGCUCAUUGCCUCGAACGUGUUCCGAUGCGGUUGACGCGCCUUGGAUUUGGAUACCUUUGUCAUCAAGGUCUAGACCAUUUCUAGUCUGUCACGUGUUUGAUGCAGCGUAGUACCAAACCUAGAAGUUCUUGACAGUGAUCCAAUUGUUUGCGAGGUUGAAGAAGAGAUUUUGUAUUAUUUCGGAGGGGAUUUUCCAUUCUUUGGGAAGUAGCUACAGGGUGAGGAGAGGAGCUUAUUCUGUUAGAGAGACCAGCAAAAUGUGUACCCCGUUAAAUAGGAGAAAGAAUAGGCUGGGGGAAGUGGGGCAGGAUCUCGCAGUGGAGGUCUUCAACAAGUACUGCGAGAAUGGGAAGAUGGGUGCCGAGGCGUUGCUCCGAUUUUUGCACGAGGAGCAGGGGGAGAGCAAGGCCACCCUUGAGGACGCCAAACAUUUGCUGGAGGCUAAUCGCAAGGAGAACAGCAUAAUCCCCAAGCUGCACAGUUUGGAGAUGAAGUUGGAAGACUUUAUCAGCUUCGUCGUCAAUCCCAAGCUAAAUGGGUCACUCAACACUCAGGUGCAUCAUGACAUGACGCAGCCAGUUUCGCAGUACUGGAUAUUUACGGGCCACAACUCGUACUUGACUGGCAACCAGCUGAGCAGCGACAGCAGCGACGUUCCUAUCAUUAACGCACUGCGACGCGGCGUGCGGGUGAUAGAAUUGGACUUGUGGCCCGAUGACAAAGGCAACAUCAAGGUCACUCACGGAAACACACUGACUGAUCCAGUGUCCUUCGAGAAGUGCUUGAUUGCCAUCAAGGCCAAUGCGUUUGUCGCCUCGCAGUACCCCGUGUGUAUAACCUUAGAAGAUCAUCUUACCUGCGCUUUACAGUCUAUUGCUGCUGAGAUGUUGCUUCGAAUCUUGGGACCAGCCCUGUAUUAUCCACCCACAGGUGAGGCACCGAAAGAGUUUCCCUCCCCCGAGUCACUGAAGGGGCGAAUAAUAGUCUCGACGAAGCCAGCCAAGGAAUACCUUGAAUCGACUGCUGUUGAUAAGAAAGAUGAUGAGAAAAAUGCUGAGCUGAUGACUGAGAUCAGGAGGGAGGGCCAGGAGAAUGAGUCUUUAAGCGACACAGCUUCGAAGCUGAACAUCAACAAGGAGAACGCAGCACCAGAAGUCGACAAGGCAGGUGAGGACAGCGAUAGUGACGAUGACGAUUCAAAGAAAAACCCCGAGUAUUCUCGUCUUAUCACAAUCCGACAGGUGAAACCCAUGAAGGGAACGUCUUUGAAGGAUCGACUGGUGAUUGAAGAUACAGUAAAGCGAAUCAGUCUUGCUGAGUCGAAAUUGGAAGAUGUUGCUGAUCAGUUUCCGGAGAUACUGGUCCAGUUUACGCAGCGAAACAUUUUACGCGUGUAUCCUGAUGGAACUCGAAUCAACUCUUCCAACUACAAUCCUGUUCUGGCUUGGAAUCACGGAGCCCAAAUGGUGGCCCAAAACAUGCAGGGCUAUGGCAAGGAGCUUUGGCUAUCUCAUGGCAAGUUUAGAGCAAAUGGAGGGUGUGGGUAUAUUCUGAAGCCUAAAUUUCUCAGGGAAAAUUUGCCUACUGGUCAGAUUUUCAGCCCCUCAGCGAAGAAAAACGUGGAAAUGGUUUUGAGGGUGAAAGUGAUGACGAGCCCGGGAUGGAAGGAAACAUUUUCCAAACGUCAUUUUGACCUUUUCUCAGCACCAGACUUCUUCACCAGGUUGUUGAUUGCAGGAGUCCGUGAUGACAUCGCUAAGGCGAAGACGCAGCCUGUAAAAGACACCUGGAAUCCGCACUGGAACGAGGAAUUUGAUUUCUCACUGAGAGUCCCUGAGCUGGCAUUGCUCCGUGUUGAAGUCAGAGAGGAUGACGGUGGAACGAAAGACGGGUUCGCAGGCCAGACCUGCCUACCCAUCUCCGAGAUCAAAGACGGAUAUCGGUGCGAGAUCCUAUUUGACAAGACAGGCGCUGAAAUACCUGGUGUGAAGAUCCUGUUCCACUUCCAAAAACUUCUCCUGCACAAAUCUACAUGUCCAAGUACUUUGCUCACCGAUUCACACCCCCAUCAUGCGGUGCACCCCUCUGAAGCAUCAACCAAACUUUAGGACACCUGGUUUAUUGCAUGUUUGAGAGCGGGUUUGCCAACAGGUUUCAAGGAACUAGUGGUGGAUGUGCAUUCGUUGCCUUUGCAGUAAAACGUUAAGUUUAUCCAAAGGAUCAGUGAGAGCGUUUCCUUCUGCGACACUACUGCCGGUUUGGAUCUCUUUUUGAAGGUCUGAUCAGAUUAUUUGACCUAAAAUGAAUCAGGUAUGGUAAAUACAGUUGCAGACUCGUAGAAACCUGAAACUGAUUGGCUAUUGCUCAGUACCUAAUACUCCACCCCUUUUGCUAUGUAUCGUCAAGGCAUUCAUGCUACAGUGUUUCAGAGUGCAACUUUAUAAUCCUUCAAACAAGCUAAUGUACAACACCUUGUUUGGAUUAAAUAUGACUCUAAUCUCUGAUUUUUCCGACACGGAGAACACUUUCUUCACUAAAUCUCUGCUGAGUAUGUAGCUUCUCCACUACUUGUAAAAGCUCUUGAACUGUAGUUAACAAAAGGGCAUCAUAUUACCAGAGUUGUGCCUGUGAAGAAUUUAUUUCACUGGAGUUGUAUUCUACAUUUUAAAAGAAGUUUUGAAUAUAUCGACUUUUUAAUA